CGCAAGCGGAGACAAGUUCCCUUCCGAGGAGUCGAAAGCAACCUUUUAAAAGACUUCGUGCGUGCAAUCAAACGGGGGUUUUGCAACAUUUCGCAAGAGGACACGCUUAAUUUUAAAGUUGUUGCACAACGUGGGGGGGGCGGAAGAGCCCGUUUUUGUUGUGGUUUUUGGAACUUUUUGGCAAGUUGAAGUCCGGCUGCAGACCAAGUGAGUUUCCGUCGAGUCGGUGGUCGGCAGCAAUGUCGCAGAAAGAGAGACCCAAGUUUUACCUGCAGGAGGUCAACAAAGCCAUAUGGGAAGUCCCGGAGCGCUACCAGAACCUGUCUCCGGUUGGCUCUGGCGCCUACGGAUCCGUUUGCUCUGCUUACGACGUGAAGAGCGGCUUGAAAUUGGCAGUGAAGAAGCUGUCCAGACCCUUUCAGUCCAUCAUCCAUGCCAAGCGCACCUACAGGGAGCUGCGCUUACUGAAGCACAUGAAGCAUGAAAACGUGAUUGGCCUCUUGGAUGUUUUCAGCCCUGCCACCUCUUUGAAGGAGUUCACAGAUGUGUACCUUGUAACUCACUUAAUGGGUGCGGACCUCAACAACAUUGUAAAAUGUCAAAAGCUGACGGACGACCACGUGCAGUUCCUCAUAUACCAGAUCCUCAGAGGGUUGAAGUAUAUCCACUCAGCAGACAUCAUUCACAGAGAUCUGAAACCCAGCAACCUGGCAGUGAAUGAAGAUUGUGAGCUGAAAAUUUUGGACUUUGGCUUGGCGCGGCACACCAACGACGAGAUGACCGGCUAUGUGGCCACACGCUGGUACCGCGCCCCAGAGAUCAUGUUGAACUGGAUGCAUUACAACAUGACAGUGGAUAUUUGGUCGGUGGGCUGCAUCAUGGCAGAACUUCUCACAGGAAGAACUUUGUUCCCAGGAACAGACCACAUAAACCAGCUUCAGCAGAUAAUGCGGUUGACGGGAACACCGCCGGCGUCACUAAUAAACAGGAUGCCCAGCCACGAGGCCAGGACUUACAUCAGCUCCUUGCCACACAUGCCUAAGAGGAAUUUUGCUGACGUGUUUAUUGGCGCCAAUCCGCAAGCGGUAGACCUGCUGGAGAAAAUGCUGGUUCUGGAUACGGACAAGCGGAUAACAGCCGCCGAGGCCCUGGCCCACCCGUACUUCACUCAGUAUCAUGAUCCGGACGACGAGCCCGAGGCCGACCCGUACGACCAGAGCUUUGAAAGCCGCGAGCUCGAGAUCGAAGAGUGGAAACGGUUGACCUACGAGGAAGUGUGCAGUUUUGAGCCGCCCAUAUUUGACGAGGACGACAUGCAGUAACAGGAAGUUCCUCUUGCCAGUACACUGACCCCAUCAAGACAAUUUGUACAUUUUUGCCUUAGUCACCAACCAGACUUAAAUGAUGCUUUUACUCCCAGAAGACAUCAAACCACUAAAUAUGAUAUCGCUUCUCGUCAUCAUUUAAACAAGGUCAUUUUAAUCUUGGGUAAAACCAUAUUUUGACUUUUCAUUGUGACACUUGGAUGCUGGAAAACCUGGAUCCUUAUAGCUGUUCUACAUUGUGUUCUCUGUUAAGUGUUUUAUUAUUGAAAAUCAAGAAAAUGUUGGAUCUACCGUUCAUGUGAAUCUGGAACAUCGGUACCGUUGUUGUGACAAUAACUUUCAUUCAGAAUUUUCAUGACUUUUAGUGUUGACCAUGUUUGCAAAUUCAAAGUUGAGUGACUUUUCUGUCAUUUUACAGUGUAUUUUUCAAAAAGGGCUUCACUUAAGAAUAUUUGUUAUGUUGUGCCAUAUUUAAAGUGAAUUGUGCGUCACUGUCUCUAAUCUGUCCAAAUAUCUUUUGUUUGCGUGAGUGCUUUACUGCUUUAAGUGUCAUAAUGCGCUGUUAGAAAUCCUGCUUAAAAUGUGUAAAGGAGCUAUUUCAGAUCUAUUUAUACUUUGUGGAGGGUGUAUUUAUAAAUGAGAACUCCCAGCAUCUAUUUUCAGUCCAACAGAGUAAUUACUUGUGUCAUUUGACACGCAAAAUAAAGACUAUUUUUAAGAUACUGCUUUUGUAUGUUUUCAUUGUUAAAUUCAAUAAUAAAAAUUUGUGACUGCUUA